CUGAUGGCGUUUGUAGCAGAAGAGAGGAAACGCUACACGGUCUAUCCGCCGCCUGACCAAGUCUUCACCUGGACGCAGAUGUGCGACAUCAGGGAUGUAAAGGUUGUCAUUUUGGGACAAGAUCCAUAUCAUGGACCUAACCAAGCUCAUGGGCUCUGUUUCAGUGUCCAGAAGCCUGUUCCUCCUCCCCCAAGUUUAGAAAAUAUUUACAGAGAACUGUCCACAGAUAUUGAGGACUUCACUCAUCCUGGUCAUGGUGAUCUAACUGGCUGGGCCAAGCAAGGAGUGCUCCUGCUCAAUGCUGUCCUCACCGUGCGAGCUCACCAGGCCACCUCCCACAAGGAGAGAGGCUGGGAGCAGUUCACGGACGUGGUGGUGUCCUGGCUCAACAAGAACUUGCACGGGGUUGUCUUCAUGCUGUGGGGAGCCUAUGCCCAGAAGAAAGGCAGCUCCAUUGACAGGAAACGUCACCACGUCCUGCAGACGGUUCAUCCCUCACCUUUCUCUGUCAACAGAGGGUUUUUCGGCUGUCGACAUUUCUCGAAGACAAAUGAAUUGCUCAAGAAAUCGGGCAAGAAGCCCAUUGACUGGAGAGCACUCUGA